CAAGCAAGCUAUAAAUGCUGAGUCAACCAUCGAGUGGCAAUUUAGGCUGAAGAAGUCGAACUGUCCAUAAUGUACGAUACUGGUAGAAAUCUUGUUGCUUUCAAAGUAAUCCUUCUAUUACUGCUGACGACUUCAACCUCUCACAGUAAGCCACAGCUGCGGCGAGAUAAAGCUGCUGAGCCAAGACGUUACACAUGGGACGAAAAUGAAGAUUACAUUUCUUACAUGUUCCCUUAUGGGAUCAAUGAUGCCCAGGAUCACGUUGAGCACUUGCCGCACUCAGAUCCCACAUGCCAACCAGAUUGUGCAUCCUUAACAAAAAUUAUGAAAAAGUUCUCCAACAAUACCGUGAAAGCUAAAAUUUGUAAUACGAUCAGGUGUAAGUGUGAAACCGAUAAAUUUGGAAGUAAAUGCAACAGUUGUAUAAGCAGAGGACGAAAAAGAAGUGCAUAUCUAAAUUAGGAAACAAGCAACAUCGACAUUUGGAUAGUGAUAUUUUAAAAUGUUUAAGGUCGUUUGAAAUAAAUGUUAAAGUUGAACACUCGGUUUAACUCCUGAGUCUUAAGCAAUCUGCUUGUAAUGAACGUAUUACGAUUGAGAAAAUUUCAAUAAAAGCGACAAAAAUAAAACUGAUUGA